UGCUGUUGCCACGGGCGACCACUAACAAUCGUUUUAAACGCGACAAACGACUGCCCUGUUUCUGUUUCAAGGUUUUUUGUCAAGCAGGGUAGGAAAAUGGCAAGUGUUAAUACUACUGGCUGUGACGACUCUGCGUUAGACACCAUAUUAUUUAAUAUUGGCUGGGAUAAGCGCUUCGCCCUUCCCGAACUGAACGCCGCUAACAAAGCUCUGCUGGAGGAGGUUUAUAAAGCAGAGAUGGAGCUUCUGCAAGAGGCCAACGAAAUCAAGAGAAUUGCGGAUCAUAAGCACUUAAUGGCUAGAUACCUCCAAAGUGCUAAGCUAGAGUUGGUUAACACUGAGGCUCUGUGGAAGGCAAACGAACAGGAGAUUGAGGUGACGAAGCAUCUGACGGCCCUCGCCGAGAGAGAGUCGGGUCGCCUCGCUCAGCUGACAGCUCAGACUGAAAAAGAGCUCAGGUUUUCGGAUGAGAGGAUAGAUAUAUUCGAGAAAGAAUUGUUAAAGGCAAAUCAGAAGCUUGAGGAGUUCAGGCUUCAAAUGGACUGGGACCAGCAGACAAUGGACAACUUCUUAGAGGAGUCCGCUCAAAAAGAAGAUGACGUAAUGGCCAUCAUCAAAUACGCCAAACAGGAUGAGCAUAGGAUUAAGUCCCUCACUCUGGCUAUAGAGAAGAAGACUCUGGAGGCCAAUGACAAGCGCAAAGCACUUGACAAAGAGUUAACAGAGACGAGGUCUGCACAGUUAGCUUUGGAUAAGACCUUAGAGAAUAUACAGCAAGCUCGCUCGGAGAUCCAACAGCUCUUCCAUCAAUGUGAAAACACCAUCAAGCAGAAGAAGCAACUGGACUCUGAUAUGCAAAAAUGUGCGUGGCAACUUGCACAGGGCAAGCAGAAAAUCAGGGAAAGGAAUGCCAGCAUUACAGAAAUGAAGCACAUGUUGGUUACUGAGGGGAACAACAACACAGAGCUUCAGAAGAACAUCGCUACAAAAAAGAUGGAGGCGGCAAUGUUACGGCAGGAUCUGAAGAAGCAGGAGGAAAACCUGGCCAGGAUGCAGGAUGAGCUUAAUAGUUACAAAUCUACGCUGGACAGAAACAGGUCUGAUAUGAGGUCUCUGACAUCACAAAUAUCCAGAAUGAAGAAAGACAUCGAAGGCAACAAUCAAAAAUUAAAGGAGGCCAACGCCUACAAUACUGCACUGGAGGAGAAGCUGCGAAAUGUGACCCAGAGUGCUCUCAGUGAGGAGGAGAGAGCUGCUCAGAUGGAGCAGAUCCUUAAAGAAACUGACCAGGCCAUCAAGAAGUUGGAAGUUCAGCAGCAUGACCUCAUGGAGGAGCUGUUCCGCCAGAAACACCAUUUCCAACUUGUCAGAACGAAGGAGAAGGAUUGCAUAGCCCAGAUUUCGAAGAAUAAAUUAACCAUUACCAGCUUGCUGAGCCAGCUCACUAAGCUGGAAAAAGAACUGAUCAGACUGCAGAUGAUGAUGAACAGUCAGGACUCCAAGAUAAUUAUGCUUCACAGCAAACUAGCUCGACAGCAAGGGGACAUUCUGCCAAGUGAAAAAGAGAUGUUGGAGAUGCAGAUAGCUGAGCUGACCCAAGAUAGGGAGGAAAAAAAUCAGACAGCUAAAAGACUCAAGAAUGCGCUCAUGGAGUGCGAGGCUGAUAUCCGCUCCUCGAGGAAAAAGAUGGAAAAGUCAGAGGCUCAGAAGAAAGAUCUGACUGACAUGGUAGAGAGCUUGAUGCUGCUUUGUAGCAACAAAGAAAAGGAGUUGAAAAAGCUCAAACUGAAGAAACAGGAUGCCAUUGUGGAGAACAACCUCUUAAAGGUGGAGGUGAAGCGUGUCAGGGAUCUCGUCUACGUAGAGGCGGACAGCAUGAUGUCAUUUGAGAUAAGGAAAUUAGAGCUGCAGAAAGCCAUGAAAGAGAGGGAGGCUGAGAUUAAAGUUUAUUCAGAAAUGCUCAGACAGCAGCUCAAGAUUAAUGAGCAGGACAGGCAGAGUCUGAGCAUUGAAGUAAAUGAAAAAAUGUCCAAAAUUGACAUGAUGAAGAAACGGUUUGAGAUCCUGGAACAUGCAAUGGCUGGCCCUGAGGGGGAGAAAUCCCAGGUUUACUACAUCACUAAAGCUGCACAAGAGAAAGAGGAACUUAGACGGAAAGGAGAUGAAUUAGAUGCUAAAAUCCACAAGAUGGAGCUUGAAACUAAAGCUCUAGAAAACACCAUCCAGCUGUUUACUCAUCAUUCCUCUUUCUUUCGCAGUGCCCUCAGCAAAGUGAACAAAUCCAGUCCAGAGUACCAGGAAAAAGUAAAGCUGGAAGAACAUCUGAAGGCAACUGAGGAGAUGCUGAAAUUUAAGAAACGACAAGUUCACGAACUACGCCAGGACAUACAGGACAUGAACAACAGCUUGGAGAGACUCCUGCACGAAGACAGGGUGGAGACAGACAAGAUCCACCACAAACAGACUCUCAUUGUUAAACUAGACAAAGAAGCAGCUUCUAUGCUGGAGAAAAUUGGCAGAGCAACAAAGCAGUUCACCAAACUGACCACAGAGAUCCGCUCUGCAAAAAACACCAAAACUGAGACUCUUGAGGAGCAAGAUAUCAAACUGAAAGAGUUAAAGGAAUUCAACAAAACUAUCAACAAGAUGGUGAAUAAGGCCAUGGAAGACAAUCCUGAACUCAGGCCUGUGCUGGAGCAAUAUGUUCAGCAGGCCAGUCUGUCCCUUCCAUCUCCUUGCUCCACCUUCAGUAGCCAGCGGAGCACCAAGAUGGGAUCUUCUCGCAACUCCAUCUCUCAUAGGUCUCCUGUCACCUCAGCUGACAGCAGCCUUCAAGAAUCUUUACUUCCCUCUCCCCAAGUGAAAACUGUGAACCUGGACUUGGAUCUGAGCGGUGCCAGUCCUCCUCUCACUCCUCCUAAAUGCCCCAGCUCUGCAGCCAGCAGCAGCAGCAGCUGCAGAAAGACAAAGAAGCUGUAGUGGGCUGCUUUUGUAAUGUCUUAUCUCAUCGCUUAGCAGCAUUACCUUACAGAUGUGUAGAAACAAUAACAAUCACACACGUGUGCUUAUGGGCUGAGCUUUGUUUUUAGCUGAACUUACACAGAAUAAAUCAGUUGCAUUAUAUGGCAUGACUAAAGGUUCAAGCAACAUUAUAUAGUUUAACAUUUUAGCUAGCUGUUCUAAGCAUUGUUCUUAAAUGUGUCAUUUUUUUUGCCGAGUUUAUGUUGCUGUAUCUCUCUGAGUCACGAUUAUCUGACUGACUCAAAGAUGCAUCAAUAAAAAUAAAAAGAUCAA